CUCCAGACAUCGUUGAAACUACUCUUCGCGACACCUUUCAUCGUGUAGCAAGUCCAGAUCUCGUCACAUACGAUGGCAUUGAAUAGCCAGUCAAGCAAAUUUCUUUCGCACGUCCUCCGCGGCUCCAAACAAACCCCGACUCUCCUUCGCCAUGCACAUUCUUUCUCCAGACCUUCCUUGCGAAUGCCGCAAGUCGCAACGACGUCCACAAGUCCUUCCUCGUGUCCCUAUGCCUCCUCGAUCUUUUUGUUGAACGACGGUGUCCAUGCUCGAAAGCGGCGUAGAUACUUCUCCACUGCUCAAUUAGAUGCGUCCGAUGACGGCCGGGUAGAAGAGACAGGAGCCACACGCGGCCAGCAAUCAGCUAAUGAAGGUGUCGGAGCGACUGGUCGGAAAUCUAAAAAGCCAAAAGCACCGGUUGAGGUUGGAGAUGAUAUUCUCUCAUCGAAGGAGGCGGUCGGAGCAGGAAAUGUCGCAUCUGCAGACAGGGACGGUAGCAAGAGGAAAGGGAAGAAGCGACUGGAGUUGAAAGACCUAGCUGAAUCCAGGAAGCAAAAGUCAGAGCCAUGGCAAACGCAAAAAGACGCACUGAAGAGGAAAUUCGGUGACGCAGGUUGGAAUCCUCGAAAGAAACUGUCCCCAGACACCAUGCAAGGAAUUCGAGCUCUGCAUGCGGAGGAUUCAGAGAGAUAUUCCACGGCCUCACUGGCAGAGCACUUCAAAGUCUCACCUGAGGCCAUUCGUCGCAUACUGAAGAGCAAAUGGGGGGGAUCCGAGAAGGAAAUGGAGAAGAGGAGAGAACGAUGGGCCAAACGACACGAUCGGAUCUGGGAUCAACAAUCAGAAUUGGGACUGAGACCGAAGAGAAAGACGGACAAAGCAACAGAGGAGCCUGAUGAGUUUGAAGAGAAUCUAAGAGCGAAGGAGAUGUUGGAUAAUGCGCGGAGUGCUUGAUGCAGCAAUAACCUCCGGCUAUGUUCAUUGAGUUGAGAGUACAAGCUAACUCUGUUGUCUGUUCUUCACUUGGUGCGUCGAACGCCUUGAAUUGCCAACACUCGUCAUCUCAUCCCAGCCUUGACUCUCACACCAAGCUGACCCAACGCUGGAAGGUCUCGGAAAAAACCCAAAGGAGGACGAACACAAGCCAGGUGCAGGACAGAACAUCAGGAACUGCCAACCACCAACUUGCUGCUGUCCAUUUGAUGACUUUGCGCUCUGGUGCUGGACGCCACAAUUGCUUUUCUUGAUCGUACACCAUGCACUUACGACGCUUUGGCAUUGUGGGUGGGAACAUGACAUAGAUAACUGGUGCAAGGUACAGAGGGAUAUUGUCGAUCAAGCCAAGGCCAGGAAAUCCGACACUUGUAAUGAUCUUGAACCAAAAGUCUGGCGUUGGAUCUUGAAGCUGAGCUCCGACAACCCGCUUGACAAUCCAGGCAUGGAGCACGAAAAGACCACCAUGGUAGAGAAUACCCUCACGGAAGUGGAUCGUCAAGAGUCGUCGAAGCAUUCCUCUGGGGCGAAGCUUCCCGUCACGCUCUUUGAUACCAGUCGAAGUCUUUUCGGCACCACUGACGUCAAAACCAAGAAGCAGAUUGAAUCGUCCAGGUAUCAUGAUCUGCACGACAUCACGAGUGAAGUGGUUUGCCAGCCACGCAUUUGUUGCCUGACGACGACGCAAAUUCCAGAAGACGCCAUUGCGAAUAGACUUGAUAUCGGACCACUUGCCAACCAUGAAUCGGACAGUGUAAAGGGUCACGAUGAUCUUCAGGGCGUUGAAAGUUGGAAUUGCAACAACUUGUCCAUACCGCAUGGCUUGCAAGGCGCAGACCAGACCAACCAUCUUGAACACGGUGUAGAAGUGGGGACGCAGACAGUGGUGGAACAUGGCAAUGCGUUGAACACGUGUUGCACCUUGCAGACGGCGGUCAAAGGCGAACUUCAACUUGAAGGAGUCGACAAUGUGGCCAGUCCACUGCCUUUGUCAGUCACGGAAAGGUUUUCGAACCUGGAUCAUCACUUACCCAGCGGCGACGUUGCUUCAAGUGAGGAAUCAGACCGUCUGGUUGAAUACCCCAUUGCAUGACCUCAUGUACAAGCGAAAUCUUCCAGCCUUUACCAUGAAGCAUCCAACUGGUAAUCAGGUCUUCGGUGAUGGAAAACUCUGGAAAGCCUCCGAUGUCAACCCAAGUAAGAUGACGAAUGAUGAAGCCGCUUCCAGGACACCAUGCAGCGUUGACACUGUCACGGAUACCAUCGUCAGCGCCUGGACCGGUGACAUUUGCCUGAUACAGAGGAUCAUUGUCGGGGAUGUUGUAAUGGUGCUAUGACUUGUCAGUAAGUGCUGGGUGUAAGGUGAGGUCGGUCCAACUCACCUGAGCACAAGUGACCAUGCCGACACCAUCGUCGAUGAGUGCAUGAGGUAUAAGAACACGAAGGCAGUCAGGUUCCGGAAUCAUGUCAGCGUCGAAGACAGCUUUGAAUUCAGCCGGUUUGUCAAAUCUUCUGAUGACCGUGUUGAGAUUGCCAGCUUUGUAUCCAUGGUUCUUGUCUGCCUUAACGCGAGCCCAGUAGAAGAGGUUUGGAUAUUUGAUGGAGAUUCCCUCACAUGCUCUCUGGAGUCUUUCAUCCUUGCCAUCAUCGGAAAGGAUGACGCGGAACUUGUCUCGGGGGUAGUCAAUCUGCAGAGCAGCCUUGACAGUGUCGAGGACAAUGUCACGAGGCUCGCCGCAAGAGACAAUGAAUACAUCAACUGUUGGGACCUUGUCACCGAUGAGACGGAGGCUGGGACGGGGGACCUCGCUGCGGAUGCAGUUGACCAAUAGUCGCCACAAAGAGUCACAAAUGCCUCCCACUAUAAGGACGUUAGUUGAGACUGGUCACGACGGGAACAUGGUCAUUGGUCUCUCACUGUUCUCAACACAUUGACCCAAUGCAAACAAUUUUGCAGGGAACAGCACUUCCGCAGAAGCAUUGCUUGCCAGGAUGUUGAACCAGAGUAAGAUCUGGUAGGUGACAGUGCCCAGGAGACCCAUGACAGCAAAGAAAAUUGCAGUGGGGGAUCUUGGGUUCAAAGGCUUAUCACCCAGCUGGACAAUGUUGUACAGAGGAUGAUUGUACAGUUUGGUGACCUUCAGGUCCUCAGGUGAGAUGACGUCCAGCUCACGGGUGCCAGCAUCAGAGUCAGCCAUGAUAAGAGGAGUGUACUGUAUACCUGUAUACAGUCACAGGGGAGGAGUAAAGAGUCUUUGAGGAUGACUUAGGAUGAGAAAAGGUUGUUGUUGUGAUGAAGGUGGUUCAGGAAAGUGAUGAGAUGAAGACCGUUCAAGAUGACAGCAGCGUACUUCGACGGCGUCCUUGUGGGGACUCACGAAGCUGCUCACGGACAACCUGAUACGGCUUUCACGAUGGGAAGAGAGUGCAGGAUCUUAUUCUGAUGUAUGAAAGUUGAAAGGAUGGAUUGUGGAGGAGAGAAAGUUGGAUGAAGAAGGGAAGAGAGAUGAGAAGCUUUUCACCUCAAGAGACACUUGGAUUUGGCUGCAACCACCGACGAGGAAGGACAGCCGGCCCUGCCUGCGCUACUCGGUGCAUUCACCAGGACCAGCACUGCAGGAAGUUCUCUAUCUUGGUCUGUCAAUCCUUCUCUGAGUCUUUGCUAUCUGUUCCUAGCCUCCAGGCUGCUGCUGUCCACUCUUGUGCAG